AGUUUGAUCCCUGCUGCCUACUCGUGAAAUUUGAUGCGCAAGCCAUUUUGCUCGCAAUCUUUGACGAUGCCCUCCCAGUCGUACCUCCGUCCGUCCACCGCCCUUGACCAUCUCAAAACCUACGCUCGUUCAGAUGGUCUCGCAGUUGCGGAGCUCAUGGACUCUCGUGUCCAUGGUGGCUUAACCUAUAAUGAUUUCCUGAUCCUACCAGGAAAGAUAGAUUUCGCUGCACACGAGGUUUUGACUGAGAGCAAAAUCACUCGCAAUGUGGUCCUCAAGACUCCCUUCAUGAGCAGUCCCAUGGAUACCGUUACAGAGGAAUCCCGUUGUCCGACCAGUUCUGUGCUUUUUUUUUAAUAGCUACUUGGUGGCAUUGGUGUCAUUCACCACAACCAGUCUCCGUCAGCGCAGGCUGCUAUGGUUCGGGCUGUAAAGCGUCACGAGAAUGGCUUCAUUACCGAUCCUGUCGUCCUAUCUCCAUCCAACAUUGUUGAGGAUGUCCUUGAUGUCAAGGAAAGGCUGGGUUUCUCUGGAAUCCCUAUCACUGAUACGGGCUCCUUAGGCGGGAAGCUUCUUGGUAUUGUGACCAACCGUGAUGUACAAUUCCGCUCUCCUUCCACACUUUUGUCGGAUGUUAUGACCACCAACCUUGUCACCGCACCUGAGGGCAUAACGCUUCUAGAGGCUAAUGAUAUCCUUCGAGAUUCGAAGAAAGGCAAACUUCCGAUUGUCGACAAAGAAGGUCGUCUAACGUCGUUGCUGGCCCGCUCGGACCUGCUGAAGAACCAGACCUAUCCUCUCGCGUCCAAGCUCCCUGAAAGCAAGCAACUCUAUGCUGCCGCUGCUGUUGGAACUCGUCCCGCUGAUCGUGAUCGACUGCGCCUCCUCGUCGAGGCUGGCCUUGACAUCGUUGUCUUAGAUUCCUCUCAAGGAAACUCUAUAUACCAAAUUGAUAUGAUUCAAUGGAUCAAAGAGACAUACCCUAACCUCGAGGUUAUUGCAGGCAACGUCGUUACCCGGGAACAAGCUGCAACUCUUAUUGCUGCGGGUGCUGACGGCCUUCGAGUGGGUAUGGGGUCGGGAUCCAUCUGCAUCACUCAAGAGGUUAUGGCUGUGGGUCGUCCGCAAGCCACCGCUGUAUACGCCGUCGCCGAGUUUGCGAGCAAGUUUGGUGUUCCUGUCAUUGCCGACGGCGGAAUUGGUAACGUUGGUCACGUUGUCAAGGCCCUCGCUUUAGGUGCGGGUGCAGUAAUGAUGGGUGGACUCCUUGCUGGAACUACGGAGGCACCUGGCGAGUACUUUUAUCACGAAGGCAAGCGUGUCAAGGCCUAUCGCGGUAUGGGAAGUAUCGAAGCGAUGGAGCAAGGCAAGCCCGUGCCCCCAUCUGCUAAGAUCAACGGCGGUUCCAGUUCUCACAAGCAUCUAAAUGCAACAAAAACGAUCACUCACGAGAACGCCGCCACUUCUCGGUAUUUCUCCGAGUCGUCCGCAGUGAAGGUUGCUCAAGGGGUAUCGGGGGAUGUCCAGGACAAAGGCUCCGUCAAGGCAUUUUUGCCUUACCUCCAUGCAGGUUUGCAGCAUUCCUUCCAAGAUAUGGGAAUACACAGUGUUCGGGAACUUCAGGAAGGUGUAAAACGAGGGCGGGUUCGGUUCGAGCUUCGAACCGCUAGUGCUCAGGUAGAGGGGGGAGUUCACGGUCUCCAUUCGUAUACCAAGAGAUUGUUCGCGUGAUCAUAGGAUAUUCCCGUUGUUCUGUUCGUUUGCUUCCAUCCUUCUCGCAAUGUGACCUUAGCAGUGUUCUAUACCGCAAUCUAGACUGCGUUGCUGUAGAUUUCAUCAGCACAUCGCUAACGUAUCCGAGUGGUUGAAUUGACGAGUGACAGUGUUUUCUCCGAUGUGUUGGUUAUGCCACUCUUCUCCGCGGUUUACCCUCCAAUUGCUGUUCACGUGAGUGAUGGUUGAUCUGAAAUGUUAACAACCAGCCUUCUCGGGGAUAUGGGACUUCUGCGCUGCUCUCCCUUCCGUUGUACUUCCUAUGCGGAACAUUCAGUGAGUGACCUGUUCAACUUUGUUGUGACCAUACAGACCUGCG